UCUCUGUCAUAGUUUGGCAUGUUUGGUGGAGUUGAGAUUAAAGUGGGAUACAAUCCCAUUAAUGAACGCAACACUUUCACCUGUGGGGACAGACUCUCAGGGGAAGUUGAAUUAGCAUCAGCCACAAAAUGUACAGUUCAGUCGCUUAUUGUCAAGCUGAAAGGCAAAGGAGUAGUGGGAUGGUAUAAUGGAGACGAUACUGCCCUUGCCGGGGAAGAGUACUUCAGUAUCAAGCAAGAGAUUAUUCAUGAAAGCAAAGGUAACAAUGUUAUCGACCAGGGAUGUCAUGUCUACCCGUUCACCUUUCAGAUACCUGCAGACAGGGACCUGCCGCCCUCCUUCAGAGGCUCCUAUGGAAAGAUCAAGUACAGUGUGGAGGCAGUCCUGAGUCGCUCCAUGAGAAUGGACAGUAAAGCUAAGACAGAAUUCACUCUCAUCCAGAAUGGGAACCUAAACAGUGACCCAAUAAUGAUGGCUCCACAGCAGCAGGCCAUUGAAAAGAAAGGCAUGGUUUUUACAUCUGGAUCAGUAGGAAUGCAUGUAAAUAUUGCAAGAACAGGCUUCUACCAAGGUGAAGACAUACAGGUCGUGGCUUCCAUCCAGAACAGAUCAUCUCGUGAAGUCAAACCAAAGUUCUGUUUAUAUCGGGAGUGUAGGUACUUUGCAGGUGAUGACUUCAAUUUUGAGAGAAAAAGCAUCCUGAAAGAGGUGGGUGAUCCCAUCCCACCUUCUGCAAGUCAGACUGUCACCAGGACCAUCACCAUCCCACCUGAUACAUCUGUGUCAAUCCUGAACUCUUAUGUCCUCAAAGUGGAGUACAAACUUCAGGUCUCCCUGGAUGUUAAGUAUGCAAUCGACCCUAAGCUCAUGUUCCCCAUAACCAUCCUUCCUGCUUUACCAGAGUCUGAUGAAGAGCAGCGGCCUGCUUAUCCUGCUUAUGGAUUUUUAGCGUUUGCAAACUCUGACAUGCCAGGAGAAAACAGCUUCCUACAUGUCCUGCGAUCCACAGGCCGUUCUACUCCACCUCCACCUUAUGGGACAUAUGACAUGUACCCCUCCUUGGCUAAUUUUGAUGGAAAAUCCUAGAAUAAAUCUCAGAGCUUGUAUUUUUUUAA